AGCCAGUCUCUCUCCGUUCUGUGACACCCCCUCCCCCUGUUCUUCCCUCUAGUGAAGCUGCAGCCAAUUAUAACCCAGAGCCCCCGCCACCUCGAACCCAUUUCUCCAACAUUGAGGCCAAUGAAAGUGAGGAGGUCCGACAGUUCAGGAGACUAUUUAAUCAGCUGGCGGGAGAUGACAUGGAAGUCAGCGCCUCUGAGCUCAUGAACAUCCUGAAUAAGGUGGUGACUCGACACCCUGACCUGAAGACUGAUGGUUUUGGCAUCGACACCUGUCGGAGUAUGGUGGCUGUCAUGGAUAGCGAUACCACCGGCAAACUUGGCUUUGAGGAGUUUAAGUAUCUCUGGAACAACAUCAAGAAGUGGCAGGCUAUCUAUAAGCAGUACGACAUAGACCGCUCGGGGACCAUCGGCAGCAAUGAGCUUCCUGGCGCCUUUGAGGCUGCAGGAUUCCGGCUCAACCCGGAGCUGUACCAGAUGAUUAUUCGCCGCUACUCGGACGAGGACGGGAACAUGGACUUCGACAACUUCAUCAGCUGCCUGGUGCGCCUGGACGCCAUGUUCCGUGCCUUCAAGUCUCUGGACAAAGACGGGAGCGGCCAGAUCCGAGUGAACAUCCAGGAGGUGAG